UCUGUCUACAAGCAGGGGCAGAUGAUAAUGAUCAACGUGUUUCUUCAAGUGUUGAUACUCCAGAUGGUUUUGGAAUCAAUACUGCUGAUCGUGUGUCAUUGUCAGAUGAUGAUUUGAGAUUGGUGGCUACACGAACUCUCAGGGCAUGGGAGACACUUCGAUCUGGAGUGCACAAGUUAUUGUUUGUUUAUCCAGCAAGAGUCUGUAAACACUGUUCUGAAGUUCAUGUGGGGCCAUCCGGGCACAAAGCUCGGAUGUGUGGGGUGUUUAAAUAUGAGAGUUGGCGUGGGACUCAUUUCUGGGAGAAGGCGAGGGUUGAUGAUUUGGUUCCUCCAAAACUAGUUUGGUUCAGACGGCGCCAAGAUCCGCCUAUACUAGUUGAUAAAGGGCGUGAAUACUAUGGCCGAGCUCCUGCAGUGGUGGAUCUGUGUAGUAAGGCUGGGGCAUUAGUACCAUCCAAAUACUUUUGUAUGAUGAAGAUGGAUGGCUUAACUGCUCCUGAUUGAAUCAGAUGGUAAUUUAUCCUGCAUCAGACUGCUGAGAUUGGGUGAAAUGUGCUUGAUACAUCAUAUGUAUAGAUACAAGAAUGGAGUUAUUCGACGGUCCUAUUCAUCCAGAGCUUGAUUGACCUGAGAAAUUUUGAUACAUAAAGGUUAUAGUAGUAGUGGCAUUGUGCCUAAAUAUCGUUACGACACUAGACCCUUGAUGUAAAAUUUAGUUGUUAUUCCUGAAGACUGCCUCUAUAGGUUCAAGUACGUGGCAAGAUUCACAUUUUCUUCCCUAUGGGAGAAUGCACUGCAGCUUUAUUUUGGAUUAUAGGGCUAGGUUGUGUAAAGAUCAAUUUUGUCAUUUUUGGGAAAUUACCAUUAGAAGUAAGGUUGAAUUUGGAGUUUGUAUGGAAUAAAAGAAGAUUUGGUAGACU